UAAACAUUUGAUUUCCGGUUAGUAAAAGUUGCUUUCAGUUUUAGUAUUUCAUUGGAUUUCCGGUUAGAUCAUCUAAAAUUUGGAUGUAUAGAUUCAUUCCAGUGGAUUUUUUUCUAUAGUUCAUUUUAAGCUAGGCGUAACGUAGUUUCGAAUUCUUUUAUACUGCACCUCGCGUGUGUUGAUAAUUUAUUAUAUAUCGUAUUAUUAACAAUUAUGGGGGGUGAAGAAGGAAUAGGCGUGACAACUGGUCAACCUAAUUUAUAUAAACAGGAUCUUUCAAAGCUUGAUGUCAGUACAUUAACUGCUUUAUCUCGUGAAGUUAUUAGCAGACAAGCUACAAUAAAUAUCGGUACCAUAGGUCAUGUAGCACAUGGAAAAUCAACAAUCGUUAAAGCAAUUUCAGGUGUGCAAACUGUACGCUUUAAAAAUGAAUUAGAAAGAAAUAUCACUAUAAAACUUGAGCAUCCGGUUGAGAGACGCAGUAAGGAACAAGCAGAUAUACCUGGUGAAAGCUCUUCCAUACCUGAUAAAAGAUCGCUUUCUCCUGAAAGCAACCAACAAUGCUCGAAGAAGCCAAAAAUCGACGAAAACACCACUUUUUAUCCAGACGACAGUGAAGAUAGUGUUAAUUUACAUCAUAAUUUAAGUAAAGAAGAAAGAAGAUCUAAAAUAUUCGAUAUAAAUAAUCGAAAUGUGGAAAAAUUUUAUUCAUCAAAUACUGAUGCACGUUACAAAAGAAACACAAGAUCUAACACUCCAAUAAAGUGUGAUUUUGCGAAAUUUAAAUUGAAAGAACUACGAAUUAUUUUAAAAGAUAUUAAAUACAAUAACCUGUGUAAUAAUAACGUCAAAGUAAAAACGUCUAAAAAGGAGAUUUGGGAAGUUGAGAAAAUUUUAAAUAAGACAAGAGUAAAUGGUGUUACGUUAUAUUUGGUUAAGUGGAAAGAUUGGUCUAAGAAUUAUAAUACAUGGGAACCAUUGGAGAAUCUAACUAAUUGCAAUGAACUUUUGCAGAAGUUUGAGAAUAAGGCCCAAAUGUCCAAAUUAUUGAGCAAAUUUAAAAGAGACGUUAAUUUUUAUCCAACGAAACAAGACGUUCACCAAUAUUUACAACAAAUCAAGCAAAAAGGAGAAUUAAUUGAUUGUGCUUCAAUAGAUGAAAAUAUUCUUUAUUCUAAUAUAAAUCAUUAUUUUAAACUUGUUAAAUCAAGACGACACAAAGUAGAGAUAAGCAUUAAAGAGAAAAUCUUGCGGUCAAUGUUGUGUGACUUAAGAAGGGAACAAUUAGAAUUAUUAAAAGACUGGGAAAACGAGAUGAAUAGUAUCAGUAAAGAAAAACCAUUGAUACUUGUAGAAAAUUUAGUAGAUCUUGAAGGCCCUCCAGAAAAUUUUUUUUAUAUCGAAGAUUAUCUUCCGGGUGAGGGUGUAAUAAUACCCGAAGAUCCUCCAAUUGGUUGCAAUUGUGUUAAUUGUGGUUCUAAUACAAAAUGUUGUUUUGUACAAAAUGAUAGUACUUUCCCAUAUACUUUGAAGGGAAAAAUUCGUGUUAAGCCAGGUACACCAAUAUACGAAUGCAACAAACGAUGUAAAUGUGAUAUGGAUUGUCCAAAUCGUAUUAUUCAACGUGGUACUAAUAGAAAAUUUUGUAUUUUUAAAACUGACAAUGGUAGAGGUUGGGGUGUAAAAACAUUGGAAAGUAUCAAGAAGGGUUCCUUUGUAACACAAUAUGUGGGAGAAGUAAUUUCAAGCGAUGAGGCUGAUAAACGUGGCAAAGAAUAUGAUGCUGCGGGUAGAACAUACCUUUUUGACCUAGACUAUAAUGAAAUCGAUAAUCAAUGUCUUUAUACGGUUGACGCAGCUGUAUAUGGUAACAUAUCUCAUUUUAUCAAUCAUUCCUGUGAUCCUAACUUGACAGUCUAUGGCGUUUGGAUCGAUUGUCUCGAUCCUAACCUUCCGAAACUCGCAUUAUUUGCUACAAAAGAUAUCCAAAAGAACGAGGAAGUUACAUUUGAUUAUGUGUUUCAACCUUUUAAGAUAAUGCAUGAGACGAAGGAUGAUAUUAUUGAGGAAGAAAAAGAGACUGAUACAUCCCCAACAAAUAAGAUGGAAACACGACGAGACUCACCUGAUUUGAGUACUGUUACUAGUAAAGUUUUCUGCAAGUGUGGUGCUAAGAAUUGUAGAAAGUAUUUAUUUUAAGGAGUACUAUAAGAACUAUUUAUGAAAAGAAAACUUUUGUUUAUAAUCAUAAAGAUUACAUUAGCGUGUGCUUAUAGUUUAAUUACUUUCCUAAGAUUUUAUCAUGUAUUUUCAAUAAGUAAAGUUAUUAUUAUUUUUUUUUAUUGUUUUCAUUCAAAAUAAAAUACGUUCAUCAUUA